ACGGCAGAGCUAAGUGCAGCCGCCCGCCUCUGUCACUGGGAGACAGUCCACUUAAAUGCAGUUCCAGGGUUGCGGGACGCCCACCAGCAUCACUCCCCAUGCGAGGUGGCAAAUGCAACAUGUUCUCCAGCUUGGGGUGUCUACUUCUCUGUGGAAGUAUUGCACUAGCCCUGGGAAAUGCACAGAAAUUGCCAAAAGGUAAAAGGCCAAGCCUGAAAGUCCACAUCAAUACCACAAGCGACUCCAUCCUCUUGAAGUUCCUACGUCCAAAUCCAAAUGUAAAACUAGAAGGUUUUCUCCUGGGAUAUGGCAGCAACUUGUCACCAAACCAGUACUUCCCUCUUCCAGCGGAAGGGAAAUUCACGGAGGCUGUAGUCGAUGCGGAGCCUAAAUAUCUGAUUGUUGUGCGGCCUGCUCCUCCUCCAAGUCGAAAGAAGUCAUGCUCAGGUAAAGCACGCUCUCGCAAACCUCUCCAGCUGGUGGUUGGCACUCUGACACCAAGCUCCGUAUUCCUAUCCUGGGGUUUCCUCAUUAACCCACACCAUGACUGGACAUUACCAAGUCACUGUCCCAAUGACAGAUACUAUACGAUUCGCUAUAGAGAAAAGGAUAAGGAAAAGAAAUGGGUUUUUCAACUCUGUCCGGCCACUGAGACAAUUGUGGAAAAUCUAAAACCCAACACAGUUUAUGAAUUCGGAGUGAAAGACAAUGGAGAAGGUGGAAUUUGGAGUAAGAUUUUCAAUCACAAGACUGUUGUUGGCAGUAAAAAAGUAAAUGGGAAAAUCCAGAGCACCUAUGACCAAGUCCACACAGUGCCAGCAUAUGUCCCAAGGAAGCUAAUCCCAAUAACCAUCAUCAAACAAGUGAUUCAGAAUGUUACUCACAGGGCUUCAACUAAAUCCCCAGAUAAGACUCCCUUUGGAGGAACAAUAUUAGUCCAUCUUAUUAUUCCAGGCCUUAAUGAAACCACUGUGAAACUUCCUACAUCCAUAAUGCUUGAGAUUUCGGAUGCAAUCAAGACACAGUUAGCUAAGAAUGAAACGUUGGCAUUACCUGCUGAAUCUAAAACACCAGAGGUAGAAAAAAUCCCAGCACAGCCCGUAACAGUGACUGCUGAGUCAGUGCCAAGGACCACGAAACCCACUGUGUCUAGCGCAUUAGAAUUUUCAGAAAAAACCCUGGUUCUCAGUGAAAGGACCCCGGAAACCCUGCAAACUAUUCUAAUACCUAGGUUUGAAUUGCCACUGAGCACUCUAGCUCCGAAAAGGCUUCCAGAAUUUCCUCAGGCAAACACACCCUUUCCCUUUGAGAAGCCUGAGGGCACUCUGGCUUCGAGUGAAAAGCCAUGGAUUGUGCCUACAAGUAAAACAUCUGAAGAUUCCAAACUUCUCCCACCUCAAACUGCCACUUACGAUGUUUUCUCAAGCCCUGCGACAUCAGAUGAACCUGAAAUGUCAGAACCCCACACAGCAACAAGUGAUCCAUUUCUGGAUUCUGUCCCACCUAAAACUUCUAGAACUCUUGAACAGCCAAGGGCAACACUGGCUCCAAGUGAAACACCAUUUGUCCCUCAAAAACUGGAAAUCUUUACCAGUCCUGAAAUGCCACCUACAACAUCUGCUGCCCAGCAAACUACAUCUAUCCCUUCUACACCUAAACGACGCAUCAGGCCCAAACCACCAAGAACCAAACCUGAAAGAACCACAAGUCCUGGAACAAUUACACCUAAAAUUCCUAAAAGCCCUGAACCUACAUGGACAACACUGGCUCCCAGUAAAACACAAUUUAUUUCUUUGAAACCUAAAAUUCCUCUCACCCCAGAAGGGACACCCACCAAACCUGCCCCAGAACCUCAGACUCUACCACCAUCACAGUCAACUCUAGGACCUGGAACUCUGGAAACCAAACCUUCAACAUUAGCUCCACCAAAGACCAAACGACCAGGUCGUCGCCCCCGCCCUAAAACCACACCUAGUCCAGAUGUGCCCAAGUCCAAACCUGCUCUGGAACCUGCUACAGUACCUCUGGAGCUCUCGGUGCCCACAAUCGCGUCAAAACCAUCCAAAAGACCUAAAACCACACAUAGACCAGAUGCACCUCAAAUCCAGCCUGAUUCAAAACCACCAAAGCAAUUACUUCCUAAACCCCAAACCCCAGCACAACCAGUUACGCCACCAACUAAACCCGUCUUUGAGCCUGUUACAUUUGAGACAGAAGCUCCCUCCCCAACCAUAGUUCCUGCCACAGACCUUGAACCUGUAACUCUGAGAACUGAGAGUCCCAUGACAACGUUGGCUCCAAAAACAUCACAACGACCAAGAACACGCCGUCCACGUCCCAAACAUAAAACCACACCGAGCCCAGCUGCAUCUCAGAGCAAACUAGACUCUGAACCUAUUAGUCCUGGGACAUAUUUAGCUACAACAACAAAGAGACCUCGUCGUCCACGCCCCAAAGCUAAAACCACAUCCCAUCCAGAAGUACCUCAGACCAAACUGGUUCCUACCACAAUCUUUGAACCGGUUAUACUUAGAACGGAGGCUCCAGUGACCACACUAGCCCCCAAAGCGCCCCAGCAAACUCAUCAUCCACGUCCCAAACCUGAAACCACAGGGAGUCCUGAAGCCCUUCAGACCGAACUGGUUCCUGCUAUAGUCCUUGAACCAGUCACUCCUAUGAAAGGGGCUCCAGGGACUGCAUUUGUUCCUGUUACAGACCUUGAACCUGUUACUCUUAGAACUGAGACAUCUGGGACAAUAUUAGCUACUAAAACAUCACAAAGACCCCGUCGUCCACGUCCCAGACCUAAAACCACACCAAGCCUUCAAGUACCUCAGAACAAAUCCGUUCCUGCUACAGUUCUUGAACCUGAGACCCCAGGAACAACAUUAGCCUCUGAAACAUCACAACAGACACAUCGUCCACGUCCCAGACCAAAAACCACACCAAGUCUUGAAGCUUCUGAGUCCAAACCAGUUCCUACUGCAGACCUUGAACCUGUUGUGUUCAGAACUGAGACAUGGGUAACAACACAAGCUCCUAAAACAUCAAAACGGACCCGUCGUCCACAUCCCAAACUUAAAACCACACCAACUUCUGAAGCCCCUCAAACAAAACUGGUUCCUACUACAGAUCUUGAACCUGGCCCUCUUAGAACUAAAGCUCCAGAAAUCGUGGUUCUUCCUACAGCCCUUGAACCCAUCACUCUUAGAACCAAGGCUCCAGAAACAGCAUUAGCUCCUAAAACAGUACAACGAACCCGUCGUCCACGUCCCAGACCUAAAACCACAUCAAGCCCUGAGGCACCUCAGACCAAACAGGUUCCUGCUACAAGCUUUGAACCUGUUAUUCAUAGUUCUGAGGCUCCAGAAACAACAUUAGCUCCCACUGAACUGCAAACUCUUAUUUUGAAACCAGUGACAUCACCAAUCCUAGAAAUGACACAGAGUCAACCUGUUUCUGAAGUCCUGGAAUCGGUUACAUUAAGCACUGAGUCAUCAAAGGAAGCUCUAGCACCAACUGUAACAGAUUAUCUGUACCCCUCUGCCAAAACACCACUCAGUCCAGAGGAACCAAAGACUGGAGUUGUGGAAUCUAUUACAAAUGUGUCUGAACCACCCGAGACCACGCUAGAGACAUCUCCUCUGCUUUCCCAAACUAUAAUCCCACCCAGCCCAGAUGAGCCUUCGACCGAGCCGGCUCCCAAGCAAACACCGCGUGCUCCUCCCAAACCAAAAACAUCUCCACAUCCGAGAAUCCCACAAACACAGCCAGCCCGCAAGGUGUCCCAGCAUGUUACUUCAAAGCCAAAAACAUCACCAAGUCCAGAAGUAUCAUAUACUCCACCUGUUCCAAGAGAUGUGCUCCUUCCCCCUAAACCAGACCCUGAAGUCUCUCAGAGCGAACCUGUUCUGCAACCUGUUACCUUUAGAACUGAUCCACCAGAGACAACAAUAGCUCCUUUAGAGACACGAGGCAGCCCUUUCAUACCCAUGAUUUCACCAAGUACUACUAGUGAAGAGGAACUGCAAGCCACUCUGGCAGAAACAGACCAAUCCACCCAAGGAUUCUUCACAACUAGGAUUCCACUAACAACUGAAUUGGCAAAGACAACUCAGGCACCACACAGAUUGUAUACUCCUCCUGUGAGGCCCAGAAUACCAGACAAAGCACACAUCAGACCCAUUCUGAAUAAGACAACUAUAAGACCUAGUAGACUCAAACCCAGUAGGACUCCCAAAGAGAAUGGAAUGGAAACAGGGGUCAAGCAAGCACCAAAGCCAUCAGGUGCUGGUAAAAAUGUGUCAGUGGACUCUACCCACUCUACCAAAAAACCAGGCACUCGCCGCCCACCCUUGCCACCCAGACCUGUGCCCCCACGAAGAAAACCUUUACCACCAAAUAAUGUCACCGGCAAGCCAGGAAGCGCAGGAAUCAUUUCAUCAGUCCGAGUAACUUCUCCACCCCUUAGGGCCACACUUAGGCCUACUGAAGCCCCUUCAGAGAGAACAGAGACAGAUGAAAAGCAACCAACAGCUCCUGCCUCAGGAGAAGAUCUUGGUAAUAUAACUGACUUUAGCUCAAGUCCAACGAGAGAAACUGAUCCUCUUGGGAAGCCCAGAUUCAAAGGUCCUCAUGUGCGAUACAUCCAAAAACCUGACAACAGACCCUGCUCCAUCACUGAUUCUGUCAAACGGUUCCCCAAAGAGGAUGCCACCGAAGGGAAUGCCACCAGCCCACCGCAGAACCCACCUACCAACCUCACUGUGGUCACUGUGGAAGGGUGUCCCUCAUUUGUCAUCCUGGACUGGGAUAAGCCACUAAAUGAUACCGUCACUGAAUAUGAAGUUAUAUCCAGAGAAAAUGGGUCAUUCAGUGGGAAGAACAAAUCCAUACAAAUUACAAAUCAAACCUUCUCCACAGUAGAAAAUCUAAAACCAGAUACAAGCUACGAAUUCCAGGUGAAACCCAAAAACCCACUUGGAGAAGGCCCACCCAGCAACACAGUGGCAUUCAAUACUGAAUCAGCGGACCCAAGAGUGAGCGAGCCAAUUUCUGCAGGGAGAGAUGCCAUCUGGACUGAAAGACCCUUUAACUCAGACUCUUACUCAGAAUGUAAGGGCAAACAGUAUGUCAAACGGACGUGGUAUAAAAAAUUUGUAGGGGUGCAGCUGUGCAACUCUCUCCGAUACAAGAUUUAUCUGAGUGACUCCCUCACAGGAAAAUUUUAUAACAUAGGCGAUCAGAGAGGCCAUGGAGAAGACCACUGCCAGUUUGUGGACUCGUUUUUAGAUGGACGCACAGGACAGCAACUCAGUUCUGACCAGUUACCCACCAAAGAAGGCUAUUUCAGAGCAGUUCGUCAGGAACCUGUCCAAUUUGGAGAAAUAGGUGGUCACACCCAAAUCAAUUAUGUCCAGUGGUAUGAAUGUGGGACCACAAUUCCUGGAAAAUGGUAGAUGCUGCAAUCAGGAUCAAAAGUGCCUUCUGUUUAUCAUGGCAAAAAAAAUAAUUGGAAACACUAUAGUAUUUGUCACAUUCAUUUAAAGCUAUUAUGUUUACUAUGUAUUAAAGUUUAAUAGCCAUAGUAGAUGUUUAUUAGAAAUGUUGCUGAGAAUAUUUAUCAGGUUUUACAAAAUCAUUUUAAGAAAACAAGAUAUUGACAUUAACAGGAUAACAUUUUUAGGGAAGCUGGCUCCCUAUCCAUGGUAUUUUAAGAGAUCAUUUGUAUAUUAUUUAUCACUCUGUUGUAAUGAUGUUUUGAGAUACUUUUAUAACAAAUUUAACAUCAAAAACUAAUAUACUUUUAAAAAAAUAUUUACUUUUAUUAAAGUGUAUUCUUCUUACUGAUGAGUUAAUUCCAUAAAUCUCAACUUGGUUUAACUUAUUAGAUCAAAUUAUCUGAGCAUUUGUAUCUGGGGGAAAAAAGGUCCUAAUAAAUAUUCAUGUUUAUUUAAACUUCAAAUUUUUAGCAAUAGCUAAAUAGCUUUUCUGAAGCAUUUCAAUAGUUAACCAUUCAUGCCGAUAUACAUUUCCUUAAAUCUCUGCAAAUUACUGAAAACUGUUUGAAUCAUUAAAUUUGAUUUAGCUGCAAACUGAAUAGAAUAUCUGAUCUACUCAAUUUCAAAAUACACAUUUUGUUCUUUCUCUACCCAUAAAUAUGUUACAAUGUCUGAAUGUACUUUGUCAAACUAUCCCUUUAAGCAGGGAUUUGUCUUCAUACUGUUGUUAACAGAAUUCUAAUGGAGCUGUACGUAGAGACUGAAUGUGAAGCCUGAGCACAAAAGUAACGCAUGACAUCCCUACCACUUUACAGGUUAUGUACUCUGUUUUUAGACCUCUAGGAAUGAAUGUAUCAGAGAAUGUUUUCGUAAUUUUGUCUAACUCAACCUGUAAUGAAAAUCUCAUUUAUUUUUUAAAAAAAAGUCCUUCAUUUGCGGAGGGACAUGGGAAUGGUGCAUUGUUGCCCUCUUUCUGAAAGGACCUUGCCUCUGCUUCAACAUGCUUCAAGUUUAUCGAUGCUACAUUUUGUAUUUUUCAAGUAUAAACUCUGCAAUAAAGAGAUGUAGUUUUUUUAA